GAGAGAGAGAGAGAGAGACCAAGAGAGAGAGAGAGAUGGGUGUUGAGAAUAGAGAGCAAGAAGGAGAGCAGGGACUUCCUCUCUUUGAGACCAAGAAACUAGGCGGAACAAGAAUUGGUUACAAGGUGUUUGCUGCUGCGAUCUUCGGGUGCAUAUGGUGGAUAUGGGUGUACCGGUCCGUGCACUUGCCGAGGCCGGGAGAGAAGGGAAGAUGGGCUUGGGCAGGGAUGUUCCUCGCGGAGGUACUGUUCGGGCUUUACUGGGUGGUCACUCAGUCCGUCCGUUGGAACGCCGGGUACCGAUAUCCGUUCAAGGAAAGGCUCUCACAGAGAUACAAAAAUGAUCUACCAGCCGUGGACGUCUUUGUGUGCACGGCCGACCCGGAAGCCGAGCCACCGGCAAUGGUGGUUAGCACCGUCCUCUCGGCCAUGUCCUUCAAUUAUCCACCGGAGAAGCUGAGCGUCUAUCUCUCGGACGAUGGAGGGUCGGAACUGACAUAUUACGCGCUCCUAGAGGCCUCGAAAUUCUCCAAGCGUUGGAUCCCUUUCUGCAAGAAAUUUAAGGUCGAACCGAGGUCUCCCGGGGCCUAUUUCGCCCGCCAUUCUGAUGCGGGACGAGAAGUCGCGGACGGAGAAGAAUGGUUCGCUAUGAGGAUGCUGUAUGAAGAUAUGAAGCAUCGGAUUGAAGAAGCCACGGAAAGGGGCAGCGUUCCAAUGAAAUUGAAGGAGCAACAUGAAGGUUUCUCGGAAUGGAAUGAUCCAACCGUGACAAAGUGGGAUCACCAAUCAAUUGUGAAGGUCAUAAUCGAUGGGAGAGAAGGGGAUGCUGUGGAUGAUGAUGAAUGUAGGCUACCCACAUUGGUGUACUUGGCACGAGAGAAGAGACCUCAAUGCCCUCACAAUUUCAAGGCUGGCUCUAUGAAUGCUCUGAUUAGAGUGUCAUCCGUAAUAAGCAAUGCGCCCAUAAUCCUCAAUCUAGACUGCGACAUGUACUCCAACGAUUCAGAUUCAGUACGAGAUGCACUGUGCUUCUUCAUGGAUGAAGAGAGAGGCCACCAGAUAGGUUUCGUGCAAUAUCCUCAAAACUUCGACAACAUUACAAGAAACGACAUCUACUUCAACUCGCCUAGGGUUGUCAAUGAGAUUGAGCUAAGAGAAAUAGGUGGAUAUGGAGCUGCUUUGUACUGCGGGACUGGUUGCUUUCACAGAAGAGACAGCCUUUGUGGGAGAAGAUACUCGCGAGGCCGUAAACCGGAAUGGAGCUGUGAAGCUAGGAGGGAUGAACCUGUAGAGCAGCUUGAGCAAGGCUCGAAACUUGUUGCUGACUGCUCUUAUGAGAAGGGCAGUCAAUGGGGGAAGGAGACGGGAGUGUUGUACGGGAUUUCGGUGGAAGAUAUAGCGACCGGGCUGAAAAUUCAGUGCCAGGGAUGGAAGUCCGUCUACUACAACCCAAAGCGAGAGGCUUUCUUGGGCGUGGCUCCCAACACGCUCGACCUCUCGCUCAUCCAAUUCGAGAGAUGGUCGGAGGGCAUGUUCCAGAUCUUCAUCUCCAAGUAUUGCCCCCUCACUUUCGGACGUGGCAACAUCCCAUUCGGAGCUCAGUUGGGAUACUCCAUCUAUCUCCUGUGGGCGCCUCUCUCCCUCCCCACGCUCUUCUACGUCGCCGUCCCUCCCAUCUGCUUGCUUCGCGGCAUCUCCUUGUUUCCUCACGUCGUGAGCCCGUGGUUUGUGCCGUUUGCGUGCGUGUUCCUAGCCAGGAACGCUUAUAGCCUUGUCGAGGCCAUGAGCUGCGGAGCCGCGCCCAAAGCGUGGUGGAACUCCCAGCGGAUGGUCCUAAUCCGAAGGACGACCCCGUUCUUCUUCGCCUUCAUCGACGCCGUCCUCAACAGGCUCGGCCUGUCCCAGAUCGCCUUCAACCUCACGGCGAAGGUGGCAACGGACGACGCGGUGUCGAGGUACGAGAAGGAAAUCAUGGACUUCAGCGGAAGCUCCAUGAUGUUCGUCUCCAUAGCAACGUUGGCCUUGCUAAAUCUCUUUUGUUUGGUUGGUGGAUCGAUGAAAUUUGGCAUGGACUCGAAGUUGUGGGGGCAAAUGGCUCUCGGUGGGCUUGUGGUCUUGCUCAAUUUACCCGUUUACCAUGCGCUUUUCAUCAGGAGCGACAAAGGUUGCUUUUUAGCCUCGGUUGUGUUCAAGUCUGUUCUUGUGGCUUCAGUGGCUUGUCUAAUUGCAAAUUUGAUAGGCUGAUAAACAAAGAGUUCGAGAUUGAUAUUUGAGAUUACUUGCGAUAUAGUUGUAAUUAAAAUUCUUUUGGUGCACAUUUACUUAUAUUUGCGUUUUACUAUUUCACUUAAUUUCUUUGAUACUA